AUGUCGGACGUUAAUCAAGAAGAAAAAUCAAAUAAAAAAAAUUGGACUGAUGAAGAGCGUUUAGAUCUUGCCACUAAACUUGAUAAUGAACUAGAUGAAUACAUUAAUAGUUUUGAAAAAAAGCCGUAUUCAGAAGGAUGGCCAGAAGAUCGAUGGCAAGAAGAAAUGGAGAAACAUCCCUUUUUUAUGAAACAAUUUCCUGAAAAUGGAGAAGUUUCUCCACUUAUGGAAGGCUUACAACAACUUAAAUACAGCGAAGAAGAAAAUAGUCCAGAAGAGCUGGCUAUUAAUUAUAAAGAAGACGGUAAUUUUAAUUUUAAAUAUAAAAAAUACCGUCUAGCAAUUUUAAGCUAUACAGAAGGUAUAAAAACGCAGUGUAAAGAUGACAAUAUUCGUGCGCAAUUGUAUAAUAAUAGAGCAGCUGCCCAUUUUAUGCUGAAAAAUUAUCGGUCGAGCUUGAAUGACAGUAAACAGGCUAUGAAAUUUCAACAGAAUUAUCCAAAAGCAUUGUCCCGAGCUGCGAGCUGUAGUUAUUAUAUUAAAAAUUAUGACCAAUGUAUUGAAUUCUGCAAUAAACAUAUCGCUGAAAAUGGACCGAGUGCGGAAAUUUCUCGCUUAAUGACAUCAGCUAUUUCAGAACAAAAACAAAAAAAUCGCAUGGAAAGAUUGAAGGACAAAAGGGAGGAAAAAGAAAAACGUGAAAGUGAAAAAUUGUUGGAAACAAUUAAAUCGCGUAAUUUAAUAAUUGAUUCUAAUGGACAGAAAAAUUUUGAAACUAAACAUUUAGACCCUCAAAUUCCGCAAUUAGCUGAUCAUACUGUAAGAUUAGACGCUGAUGGUAAAUUAAUUUGGCCGGUUGUUAUUUUGUACCCUGAAAUUUUUCAGUCAGACUUUAUUCAAAAUUUUCAUGAAGAUACUAGAUUUGUAGAUCAACUUGAGGAAGUUUUGAGUGAACCCCCAGAGUGGGAUACCGGAAGGCGCUAUAAUCUUGCUAGUUUUCGAGAAGAAAAAUUAUAA